AUGCCGCGGGAAAAGUCCGCAAGACAGUCUCUCGGCGCAACGCACCGACUCGUCAAGGAGUCUCGUGCUCUCUUGGUUGGCGCAGGUGGCAUCGGCUGCGAGCUUCUGAAGAACCUUGUCCUGACCGGUUUCGGCGAGAUCCAUAUCAUCGACCUCGAUACCAUCGAUCUGAGUAACUUAAACCGUCAAUUCCUCUUCCGACAAGAACAUAUCAGGAAGCCAAAGGCUGUGGUCGCAAAAGAAGUGGCUGAAAAGUUCAACCCGAAUGUCAAACUUUUUGCACAUCACGCCAACAUCAAAGACAAACAAUUCAACCUGGAGUGGUUUUCUGGUUUCAGUAUUGUAUUUAAUGCUCUCGAUAAUAUGGACGCGAGACGGCAUGUCAAUAAGAUGUGUUUAGCGGUCGAUAUACCUUUGAUUGAAUCAGGCACCACGGGAUUCAAGGGCCAAGUGCAAGUGAUCAAGAAAGGCAAAUCUGCAUGUUAUGACUGUACACCGAAAGCAACCCCUAUUUCCUACCCUGUCUGUACAAUUCGAAGCACACCCAGUCAACCAAUUCAUUGCAUUGUUUGGGCAAAAAGCUAUCUCUUUCCAGAAUUAUUCGGGGUGAGCGAAGACGAAGCUCCAGAGGUGAACAACUCAGAAGACUCAGACAAUGCGGAGGAAAUUGAGAAGUUGAAGCAAGAGGCGCAAGCGUUAAAGAAGAUCAGAGAGUCCAUGGGCUCGGAUGAUUUCGCGAAAAAGGUAUUUGACAAAGUGUUCAAAGAGGAUGUUGAACGAUUGGCCAAGAUGGAAGACAUGUGGAAGAACAAGAAGCCUCCGGAACCGCUGUCCUAUGAGACUCUUGAACAAGAGACCUCCACGGUUGACAGCUCGACACUACAAGACGGUCAACGCAUCUGGUCUGCCUCCGAAAAUUUCUUCGUGAUCAAAGACAGCCUCGCCCGCCUUUCGGCACGACUAGCAGAAAAACAAACCACGACAUCAAAUGAUAAUUCAGGGCCACCCACGAUCACCUUCGAUAAAGACGAUGAUGACAUCAUGGACUUUGUCGCGGCCGCAGGAAACCUUCGGGCUAUCAUUUUCGGUAUCGAGCCCAAAUCAAAAUUUGACAUCAAGCAGAUGGCCGGAAAUAUUAUCCCUGCAAUCGCGACCACAAAUGCCAUGGUUGCCGGUUUGUGCGUGAUGCAGUCAUUCAAGAUAUUGAAAGGCGAAUACGCCAAAACACGCUGGUUGUGGUUGUGGAACGGAUCAUUGCGGACGGAUCAGUUAGAGGAACCGAAUCCAGAGUGUGCUGUCUGCAGCAUCGCUAUGGCCAGAGUCCAUGUCGACAUUGAGAAAGCCACGCUGAAAGAUCUUGUUGAAGACAUCCUCCAGACGAAGUUGGGGUACGGGAAAGAGCUGACAGUCAUGAAUGAUGCUGGUCUGGUGUACGAUCCCGACCUGGAAGACAACUUGGAGAAGAAACUCUCGGAUCUCAGUAUUGGGGACGCGAGUUUCAUUCUUGUCAAGGAUGAAGAAGACGAAGACCCCCGGGUUGACCUGCAACUGGCAAUCGAAGCAAAGAAAGCUGGAGGUGAAACCAAGCCCGUCCUCCUCAUUGAGAAAGAAGGCGAGGCAAUGGUGAUCCCACGAAGACCCAAGAAAGCACCUUUCCCCGAUGGAGACAAAUCCAAUCAAGAUGACGCCGACAGCGUGGUCCUCGCAAAUGGCAGCUCGAGCACCUCACAACCAACAGCCAAGCGGAAGCGACCUCUGGACGACGAAGACGCAGAGGGGAGCGAGACACCCGCAAAGAAGUUACAAGGUCCUGUGGCGGCAGAGAUGGCGAAGAAUCCCACAAUGCAAGCGAUUGUAAUUGGCGAGGACGACGGGACGCUUCUGAUUGCUGAUGAUGGUUAA